GUGGUGCUGUUUUCUAGAAAAAGCAGCCAUGCCGUUGGUCCUUUCCAAGGACGAGUUCCGUCGCAUCGAGCGCUGGACGGACGAAAACAAGGAGGACCCGGACGUGGCGCGGCGGCGGGAAUACGUGCGGUACCUGGACGCCACCAGCCAGGCCAUGACCAAGCACUGGCCCAACUCCUUGGAGAACGUGAACAAACGCAACGAGGAGUUGAGACGGGCGCGUCUCGAAGCGGCCGAGCAGGCCAACAGCAAGUUUUACAAGCGCUACAUCAAGCGCAAGCAGGAGGAGCAGGAGCGGCUCAUGUUCAGCGCAAGGGACACAGUCUUCAAGAAUAAGGACGCGCCCAAGCUGCUUCUCAGUGCGGUGAUCGAGACAGUGAUCCAAAAGGAACGUUCCGAGCAGCUGAAGUUCUUGGAGGAGCAGCGACGACUUGAAGCAGAACAGAAGCGGCGCGACGACGACGACAUCAUCCAGCGAGCUAAAGACUGGCACGCGCUCAUGGCGCUCAAACGACAGCGCCGCUUCGACGCCAACAAGCGCUACCAGAAGGAGAUAUCCGACCAAGCACGCGAGGUCGCCGAACGCAAUCGAAGCGAGUACGAAACGGAGUUGAAUCUGCAGAAGCUCGACAACAUCAAGGCCAACGAGGAGAUGGCCGCCAUCAAGAAGUUCGAGGAGGACUUUAAAGCCGCAGAAAAGAACCGCAUCUGGUCGGACAUGCAGCGGUCUCGCCAGGAGAACGAGCAGCGCCGCCGGGAGCAGGCCGCCCGGGACAACAUGGACGACCGCCUCAUCGACGUCUUACUACGUUCCCGGGCCAGAGUCGAGCAGAAGCGGAAGCAGACUGAGAAGGACGUAAAAGAAGAGAAGUUGCGUGUUCUCGAGAAGAUAAGCCAGAAGCUGGAGUCGGGCGACGCGGCGCGCGAAGCCAAGGACCUGGCCAUCCUCAACAAGGCCAUCAAGGAGAAGGAGGCCAUUGCGGAAGCGCGUCGCGUAGCUGACGAGCGCAAACAGCAAGCGUUCCGUGACGAGCGCGUGGCGCAGCGCCAGCGCUUCCUGCGCGACGAGGCGCAGCGCCUCAAGGACUUCAACACCGUGCGCCAGUGGGAGAUCAUGAACAGAUUCAAGAAUGCGGAGUUGUACGAUGACUUCCAGGAAAACCUACGCAAAGAGAAGGAACGCAAGAUUCAAGAGUAUAGGGCGGACAUAUUGCGGCUCUGGAAAGAGCGCGACGACCGCGAAGCGCGCGAGCGAGCGGAGACGCGCUACUUCUACGGCGAACUAGCCGAGAAGAAGCUGCGAGAUGCCGACAAUAAGCUGCUGACGCAUGCUGCGGCGCUCGUGGAGGAAGCAGAAGCGCACGACCGCCCGCCCUUGGCGCUGCACAGGGCCGUCGAUCGCUACUGCAAGCUAUACCGGCUAUACCCGAUGCCGGACCUACCCUCAUCCAUGCAAGAGCACUUCAUGCGGUACGCGCCGUGGGACGGCUCGCGGCCUGACGCCGGGUAUCAAGCGCCCGCGCCGCCGCCACCUGAUCGAGGGCCUGACGCGCCCGAUGAGGAAGAGACUGAGGGGACGGCAGGGACUGACGUGGCUGAUAAGGAGCCAGCGCCGGGCAGGAGGGACGGGCUGCAGCAAGCUCAAGGGCAGUAA